GAGCGCACAAGAGGGAGGCGCUGCCGCGCCGGGGCCCCUGGCCGAGGCUGGGGGAAGCGCUCGCUCCUCGCCCUGCCAGCGCCCGCCGCUCGAGGGAAGAGGCCUCAACCGGGAGAAGCCCGGCCGGAGCGCAGGGCCCGCCGCCCCCCACACGGUGUUGUUUGCUGCUGGACUCCCCCCGUCCCCCAAACCCCUGCAGGAUGAUAUGAGACUUGAAAGAAGACGAUGCAUACAGGAGGAGAGACUUCAGCAUGCAAACCUUCAUCUGUUCGGCUUGCACCAUCGUUUUCAUUCCAUGCUGCUGGCCUUCAGAUGGCUGGACAGAUGUCCCAUUCACAUCAGCAGUACAGUGAUCGUCGGCAGCAGAACAUAAAUGACCAACAGGUUUCUGCCUUAUCAUACGCUGACCAGAUUCAGCAACCUCUAACAUUAACAAACCAGAGGCGGAUGCCCCAAACUUUCCGUGAUCCAGCCACUGCUCCACUGAGGAAGCUCUCUGUAGAUUUGAUCAAAACAUACAAGCAUAUUAAUGAGGUUUACUAUGCAAAAAAAAAACGGAGGCAUCAGCAGGGCCAAGGAGAUGAUUCCAGUCACAAAAAGGAGAGAAAAGUUUACAAUGAUGGCUAUGACGAUGACAACUAUGACUAUAUUGUAAAAAAUGGGGAGAAGUGGAUGGAUCGUUACGAAAUUGACUCUUUAAUAGGCAAAGGAUCCUUUGGACAGGUCGUAAAGGCUUAUGAUCGAGUGGAACAGGAGUGGGUGGCUAUCAAAAUAAUAAAAAACAAGAAGGCUUUCUUAAACCAAGCUCAGAUUGAAGUGCGACUGCUUGAGCUUAUGAACAAACAUGACACUGAGAUGAAGUACUAUAUAGUGCAUUUGAAGCGCCACUUCAUGUUCCGAAACCAUCUCUGCUUAGUCUUUGAAAUGCUUUCCUACAAUCUGUAUGAUCUGUUGCGGAACACCAACUUCAGAGGUGUCUCAUUGAACCUGACACGAAAGUUUGCACAGCAGAUGUGCACUGCACUGCUCUUUCUGGCGACUCCUGAACUUAGUAUCAUUCACUGUGACCUAAAACCAGAGAAUAUCCUGCUCUGUAACCCCAAACGAAGCGCUAUCAAGAUUGUUGAUUUUGGCAGUUCAUGUCAACUUGGACAGAGGAUAUACCAAUAUAUCCAGAGUCGUUUUUAUCGAUCACCAGAGGUGCUACUGGGAAUGCCUUAUGAUCUUGCAAUUGAUAUGUGGUCCCUUGGGUGUAUUUUAGUUGAGAUGCACACUGGAGAGCCUCUUUUUAGUGGGGCAAAUGAGGUGGAUCAAAUGAAUAAAAUAGUGGAAGUUUUGGGGAUACCACCUACCCACAUCCUUGACCAAGCACCAAAAGCAAGAAAGUUCUUUGAGAAGUUGCCAGAUGGCACUUGGAACUUGAAGAAGACCAAAGAUGGGAAAAGGGAAUACAAACCACCAGGAACUCGUAAACUUCACAAUAUACUAGGAGUUGAAACAGGAGGACCAGGUGGACGUCGUGCUGGGGAAUCGGGUCAUACUGUAGCUGACUACUUGAAGUUCAAAGACCUCAUCUUAAGGAUGCUUGACUAUGACCCUAAGACACGAAUUCAACCUUAUUAUGCCCUGCAGCAUAGUUUCUUUAAGAAAACAGCAGACGAAGGUACAAACACAAGUAACAGUGUGUCUACGAGUCCUGCCAUGGAGCAGUCGCAGUCUUCAGGAACCACCUCAAGUACAUCUUCAAGCUCAGGUGGAUCUUCUGGAACAAGCAACAGUGGAAGGGCACGGUCAGACCCCACACACCAGCAUCGACAUAGUGGUGGACACUUCACUGCUGCUGUUCAAGCUAUGGACUGUGAAACACACAGCCCACAGGUUCGACAACAGUUUCCUCCUCCAAUUGGUUGGACAGCCACUGAAGCUCCUACACAGGUCACUGUUGAAAACCAUCCAGUUCAAGAAACCACCUUCCAUGUAACCCCUCAACAACAGAAUGCAUUACAUCAUCAUCAUGGAAAUAGCUCUCACCACCACCAUCAUCAUCACCACCACCACCACCAUCAUGGACAGCAAGCCUUGGGUAGCCGGACCAGGCCGAGAGUCUACAAUUCUCCAACAAACAGCUCCUCCACCCAGGAUUCUAUGGAGGUGGGCCACAGUCACCACUCCAUGACAUCUCUGUCUUCCUCAACUACUUCUUCCUCUACAUCUUCCUCCUCUACUGGUAACCAAGGCAAUCAGGCCUAUCAGAACCGCCCAGUGGCUGCUAAUACCUUGGACUUUGGACAAAAUGGAGCUAUGGACAUGAAUUUAACAGUCUACUCUAAUCCGCGCCAAGAAACUGGCAUAGCUGGACAUCCAACAUACCAGUUUUCUGCUAAUACAGGUCCUGCUCAUUACAUGACUGAAGGACACCUUGCAAUGAGGCAAGGAAUUGAUAGAGAAGAGUCUCCCAUGACAGGAGUUUGUGUUCAGCAAAGUCCUGUGGCUAGCUCGUGACUAAACUGAAACUAAGUUUGUUUCUUGUGUGUUUUUAUAGAAGUGGUGUUUUUCCAAAAACAAAGUGCAAAGCUGCUUGAAUCAGAAGGAGAUAAACUCACUGAACCGCUACAGGAGGGCAAAGCUGACUAUUUUUUUAAACUUGAAAAGAUUGCAAAGGGACAAUGAAGUUUUUUUUGUUGAUUUUCUUUUUUUUUGGUUGGUUGUUUUGUUUUUGGUAUUGGUUUUUUUGGGUUUUGGUUCUUUUUUUUUAAAGCCAUGUCUGGACCCACCUUAACGGAUAGCUUAGUGGUGUUCACAUUUGCUUCCUCCAUUUUAACUUGCCACAACCUAUUCAUAGUAUGUUUUUUGGGGAGGGAUUUUGGUUCUUUUUGGUCUCAUUCAACAGGGGUUAUUGCUCAAAUGUUAGCUGUAGUUGCAAACUAGUUUAUUUUUAAAGGCAUUGCACAUGAUUUAUAAGAAAAGGCCCUUUGAAAUUUUUGGGUGGGAGGGGAGUGAGUAAUAUAUAUAUAUUUUUUUUAGUUCCCCAAACAAACAUGGGCACAGAAAUGCAGUACUGUAAGAAAGAGGGACCUUCAGAUUACACAAAUAUAUAUUCUUCAGCUGUAAAAAGGGACGGUUGUAAUGGAGUUUGUAAGGCACAUUAAGCAUGCUAAGUGGCGGUGAUCAGAACUCUCCUUUUCUGAAUCUACUGAGGAUCAAAGCAGCAAUUGUAAUGGGAUUCUGUGGGUCUCAUAUUUUGGAGGCCACAGUCAGUUAGUAUUGAAAUAUGACUGGUUUCAUAACUGAGGUGCACUGAGAAGCAAUCAACGGGUCGGUCCUGGCCAGUCCUGGGGAGGUCUAAGUGGUGGUCUUUGGGAUAACCUUUGGCCUUAUGGAUUUGGACUCUUAAGUUAGAAGAGCCUACCAUUUCAGAUGCAAUCACUUUUGGACAUGCUUUUGCAGACAGUCCUUAAUGCUGAAAACACAGAGAAUGGGUAAUUCAAGAGGCCUUUCUUUUAAAAUAGACUUUUGUGACCCACUUAUUGUAAGGUAUUGCAAGGUCACUUUGCGUGUGUCAUAAAGUUGACUUCCUUAUUGGUUGAAGGUCACAGGAGUAGUGGUUUGCGUUUGAUGGAAAUAGCUACAACUGUGUCCCUUCCUGCUUUUUACUUUUUUCUUUUGCUUUUUCUCGGCACGUGGUUUCUCCACCAUUACUUCUGCACAAAGACGUCUUCUGUUCAUCCUGAACAUUUUUAAAAAUGCAGAAUUUUAUGUGACUGCUUUUUUGCCUCACAAUUAUGCUGUGAAUUUUACAAAAAUUUAUUUUCUUUUUUGAUAAUUUAUUGUACCAAAGCUGUUUUUAUAGCACAUAGAUGUCUGUAACCAAUAAUGUAGCAGUUCUGCACUUUGACACAAGGUGUAACUAGACCAUUUUUAAAUGUCAGUUGAAAAUUAUGGCUGUACUAUUGCUUAAACAAAACUGGAACUGUUGUUGAAUUCAUAGCCAAUACAUUUACAGCAAUCUGUGUACUGAACAUAAUAGAUUGACAUCUACUUCAAGACUAUAACAUCUGUUACAUUAUAAAUGUGUUCAGGCUUCUGAAGGUAAAAGGGACACUAGAUCCAGAAGCUAUGAAACCAGCAGUUGAUUCUUGUAUUCCUUAUUAACAUAAUUGUAAACUUGAAGGCAAGACCUUGAUUGCAUGAACAGGUCCAAAAUAAUAGUCUGAGUAAAGCAAAACACUCACAUGAGACCUGAGGUUAGCAGGCUGUAUUUAACAGGUGCCUAAUUUUUGGGUAAUGCUGCCUUAAUAUAACACAGUCAGCUUGGCAGUUGCAAAAUUUAUGGGCCCAUUCAGAGAUCUCUUUGUAUGAAAAGCAAAAGCUCCGUGAAAAACAUUGGAACGAGUAAGGGUAAUUCAUUGAUUGCCCAUCCCAGAUUAACAUUGUUUGCCCAUUACGUAUUACAGAAGCAGUGAUCUACCUCUGCCAGUAAGCCCUUUAAAAAGUUAAUUUUGCAGCAAAUUCAGAGUUUGUGCUGGCCAGUCCUAUGCGGCCAGGUCAUUUUUUUUCAGACUAAAAUGUGGAAUUUUUUAUACUUACAGUGGCAACGCAGCAGCUGACUACCAUGUAAAUGGGAACGAAUACUUGGGAUUACCAUUCUUCUGUAAAUCAUGGGUUUUGUUUCUUUUUU